CAGAUAAACAACGCCCAUAUACCUACACUAGGGGCGCUGUUGUAGCAUCAAAACAUAGCAGGAGGAAGGUCACCUAUGGGUGAUUCUGAUUGGAUGGCGUUUGAUUAGUGACGUGUCGGACAGCCAAUGGCGGGGCGAUACAGAAUGCAGUUGUGUCUGCAGACGUAACACGACGCCCCUCUUGCAGUGGGAACAAAAGUGGUGAGGGGCGGGGCCUAUAGUGCUGGUAUCUGGUGGUGUGACACGUACGGCGGAAGCGAAGGGACAAACAGAAAGGCGACAUCGAGGCUUGUGGUCCGGAUACAGGAGUUCAGGCAGAAGACGACUAGAAUCGAUUCCACUAUGGAUUUUCUUGAUAGAAAUAUCAACUUUGAUGCGCUUCUCAAGUUCUCACACAUUUCCCAGUCCACACAGCAGCACUUGAAGCGAGUGUACAGCAGCUUUGUCCUCUGCAUGCUGGUAGCUGCCGCUGGUGCUUAUGCAAACGUGGUCUUUGGAUUUCUGCAGGGCAACUUCCUGACCUUUGCAGGCACCCUGGGCACCAUGUUGUGGCUAAUGUUUACUCCUCACAGCUAUGAAAAUGAGAAGAAGCGUCUUGGAAUCUUAGCUGCCUUUGCCUUUUUCUCUGGUUGUGGCUUGGGUCCCAUCUUAAACCUGUGUAUUGCAGUUAACCCUAGCAUCAUUCCUACAGCUUUCUUAGGCACAGCUGUGAUCUUCACCUGCUUCACUCUCAGUGCCCUAUACUCUAGAAGUCGCAGCUUCCUUUUCCUAGGAGGUCUCCUGAUGUCUGCUCUGAGCCUGCUCAUGAUCUCCUCCUUGGUGAACAUCUUCAUUGGAUCAGUUUUCCUUUUCAAAAUGCACAUGUACGUCGGAUUGCUGGUCAUGUGUGGGUUUGUCCUGUUUGACACUCAACUCAUUAUCGAUAAAGCUGAGAAGGGAGACAAAGAUUAUGUAUGGCACUGUGUAGACCUGUUUCUUGACUUCAUCACUAUCUUCAGGAAACUCAUGAUAAUCUUGGCUAUGAAUGAAAAGGAUAAGAAGAAAGAGAGGAAAUAAACAGACAACAAUCCUUCAUCCUACUGAGGCCAUUUUUAUUUCCAUUCUUUUUAACUUUCUUUCUGUCUACUCUGUAUUCCAUGGCGUAAUGAAAAGCUUGGGGAAAAUCCCCUUGUGUCUGUUUUUGUUCUUUAUUUUAAUUUUUUUCUAUUCCAUCCCUUUUAGCAUCUGCCUGUCUUAUGAGAUUUCCGUUUAUUUUUUUUUCUUGUGCUUAAACAUUCAUGUCAGUUUUAUUGCCAAGAUGCACAAAAAUUGGAAGAUAACAAAUGACUAUAAGGAAUCUUAGAUGCAUACUUAAGGGGCACUAUUCUUGAGCAAAUCUCUUUUUUCAGGCAAAAUCGGCAAGUUUAUGCUGGAAUAUGUGCAUCAUACGUAAGUUUGCUAUUGAAAAAGUUUCUCAAUCCCUAUACUAUCUGAUCUAGAGUUUAACAUGUGGCACUUUGAAUACUCAUGAGUUUUGAGCGAAGUGGGUUUAGCGUUCUCCAGUUCUGCACUACUGUUAUGGUGCAUUUUCCAGGCGCUUAAGGAUUUUCCAGCUGCGCCACAGACUGGUGAAGGAUGCUACAACUUUACUGGAAUUGUAUGAUUUUUUUUUUUUUUUUUCUUAGCACAGUUGCCUCUGGGACUCUUAGUGUAACCUACUAGCUGUUUUUAACCACUUGCACUAACCAUCCAUAACUGGAUCAUUUGGUGCUCCCUCAUGAAAGAACGGGACCAGUGGAGAAGACCCUAUCACUUUGCUGUGUGCGUUAUUCAAACCUGACUUGUAAAAGCAGUUUUUUUUAGCUUCCCUGCUUUCUGCCAAAUCUUGUGUUUAUUCGACUAUCAAGUUGCCAGCCCAUGAAGGAAGUAGAAAUGAUUUAAGCACUGUAUAAAUAUUAAAGCAAAAAAAAAAAUCUGUACAGUCCCUCCUCCCCUUAACAUCGUCUUUCUAGGCAUUGCCAGCUUGCCAGGAUUAAGUGUCCUAACACUGAAGAUCUCAAGACACAAAUAAGUUUAUGUCCCCACUUAUUAUGUAAGAAGGCAAAUCCAAGUGAAACCCCUGCACACAAAGUAUUGAUAAGCCGUAAAUAUGUGUAGUCUUAUACUAUUAGACAUGCUUCAUAGGUAGUUGAUAAAGAUAUGUGUGGAAGUAUAUUGCAUAGAUGAAGUCCAUUUGUGGCUGGGUCUUUAAGCUCACGAUACCUUUCCAGAUGCUUUUGUUUGAUCCAGUAGCUUAAGUGACCAGUUAAAGUUCUGUUUUGGCCAUUCUCCUGUAUGAUUAAAUUGGAGAAGAUCUGAACAAGCUUAGGCCACUUGGCUGGUCUCUGCAUAAUCUAUAAUUGCAGCGGCAGGGAUAUGUCCACUUCCCAGAAGCUUAAUCUUCUCAUUUUGUUUUUCAUCCUGUUCAACAAUGAUCCCCAUGUAAGAGAAUCAUUAUUGGGUAGGGAGAUAGUAUUUGAGACCAUACAUACUGCAGCAUCCACCUCAUUGCCCGUAGUUGGCAUCCGUUCUGUAGUAUGUAUGCUCUCAGUCACCUUUUUUCCCUUUGAAUUUUUGAAGGUGUAACAAAGGAGCAGAUUAAGGUCUGAGACUUUGGAUUAAAGUGUUACUUUCCUCUGCUGUCCCAACCUAACUUUUGCCCUCACCCCUGCAUGCUUUUAGGGAUACGGCAAGCUGCUUUAGAAACAGUGCCAAGAAGUAUGUUGAAUAAAGAAGAAAAUUCUAUGUGAAAAUGUAUAACAUGUUUUCAUAAUAACUUUAUUUUCUAGUGCAGUGAUUUCUCUGAUUGAAGACAUAACUCAACUGUGAACACAGUGGAACUUUUUGAUUUGAUAAACCAAACUAUGAUUAAUUUGUACAAAUUCUUAAAGUACUAAAAUAAAAAUUACAGAAGA